AUGGGCACCGCUUGCAGCAGCAGCAGCUCUGCCCGGCGCUGGAGGAGAUCGCGGUGGUGCAGCGGGAGCAGCAGCGCCCCCUCCAGGCCGAGCCAGCCAGAAGUGCAGGAGGCGGGGGCCAGGUGCAACGCGACGCCUGCCGAGGCACCUCUGCCGCCGCUAGGGGAGCCCGACUCGGACUCGGAACUGCUGGACCAAGUGCUGGCGGAAUGCGACGCCGACGGUCCGGGGCAGUUGCAGCUGCCGCCGCGCCACCCCUCGCGCCUGGCAGUGCAUUCCUCCUCCAGCCCGGCAGGGGGCGCCGCGUGGGAACAAUCCCGCGGGGAUCGGCAGAUUUUAUUAACAAGAGCCACCCAAGCUUUGGAGAACAGCAACUUUGCCAACAACCACCCACUCAAGAAAACUGAGAAGUCCAAGACAUCCUACAACUAUUCUGAAGAGGAGAUGAUGGCAGCAAUUGAACAAGAAUAUGGUCACUGAGGUGUAUUGCUGCUGUACUGGAAUGAAUCUAGAUGGGAUCACUCUGGCUGCAAAGAUAGCGUUCCAAGAAACACUGCAAGUUUAAUCAAGUUGGGGAAAUGGGAAUAGAUAAGACAAAAUGGACAGAAUGGCAUAAGAAAACAUCGUGCUAGUCUUAGGUGUAAAGGAUUUGAAAGCUUCGUUUAAAAAAGGGGGCCUGCAUUUUGUCCUACCUUUGUGGGGAGGAGGAAUACUAAUGUUGACCCUUAAGCCAUAAACACUCGCCAGUAUUCUGUAGUUCCUCAGACAUUUGCCUUUUGAAAAGUUAAAAGUGCUACUUGACUAACAGAACUGAUCAAGGGAAAUCAGUUUUCCACAUCAUUAAGGGCUGGCCUAGACAUCAGCUUUCCACAGUUAGGCUAGUAGUUGAGCAGGUAAAAAGCAGAUAUUGUUUCAUCCCCACUGCUUGGUUACCACUGCGUUCAGAAAGCCAGCCCGCCCAACCUCCUCAGUUGAAGUACGGUACACGUUCAACAUCACAGUUGCGGCUGAAAUGUUGGUUUCAACCCCAGAGUUCACUGGAAAUACCUGGCAGGGGGUUUUCCUUUGUGAAACUAUCCUGCCUCCAGCAGGCAAGUUUGAAGGAAGGCUAGAGUCCUCAAAGUUUAAUCUUUCCACUCACAGCAAUCCUUUUUCAAAAAGUCUUGAAUAUAUCAGAUGACCAUCCUUCUUGGGGCACUGGUGCCCAUUAGGGCUGUGUAAUUAAAGUAAAAUUCAGAUAACAGACCUGAAGUUUUUCAGGAAUCCCGAAUAUUUUCAAACCCCCAUAUCAGAAAAUCCAGGAACCCCCCCUCCCAUAUCAGAAAAUCCAGGAAUCCCCCUUUGGAUUUGUUAGAUCCGAAUAUCCCCAUCUCUCCCCUCCCAUCUCACUUACCUGAACUCCAGCAGCAAGAGAGCGUGGCUGCCUCCAAGCCCCACAUGGAACCUUCAGCGGUGGAGUUCUGCACAGAGCGGCAAGUCUGGCUCACCUCUGCUCAGAUAGGCUUGCAUUUCUAGCACUUGGCCCAGCCUGCAAGUCUCACAAGCAGGGAUGCUGGAGCUCUGCAUCCACCCUGGCCUGAGUUCCACAUGGAACUCAGAGGCCGGAAUAGUGGAGCCAACUAGCAGGGAAGUGAGGGAGGGAGGGGAUUUUUUAGAAAAUGGUGGCCGAUCUGAAGCAGCCUAGGUCAUGCUGAAACAACUUAGUAUGAUUUUGGGAUCCACUUUUCAUCUCCCCUUAAAUUGUUGCCUUUUAGGGGUCAAACCCGCCCCCAAAUACCAAUAAGGUAUGGGGGGGGGGGGGUGUUGGUUCAGCAUUUGCCAAAUGGGCUUCCCUAGUGCCCAUUAUAUUACUGAUCUAUAUUUGAACUCUCUCCUAGCAGUUUUCAAAGUAGUGUAUUGAACCAUCAAAUCAGAACUAUCAAAUGCAGAUCAGUAGAAAAUGGAGAAACCUCUACCUUCUCUGUAAGUAGCCCAAAUUUGCAGCUUUCUCAUAAUGUAGGGUGGCCAUUUUCCUAUUAGAAGGCCUGAUAAAUUUUAUCUGCACAUAUACAGUAAACUCUGAACAAAAAAAUGAAGCAACAAACAAUUUAUAUAAAAUAUUAAGAACAAUAUAUUUACUACACUUAACGUAAUUUUCAAUAGUGUUAAAAUCAGAGAUAACUAAUAAUCAGGACACUUUUGGGAAACAGUGACAUCUGGCUCUUAAGUAUAUGAAGGAAAUCUGUUGAUUUCAGGUAACAGACUGAGAAAUGCAGGGAUAGUGGUUCCAAUCUGACCAUGCAUUCUGGUUAUACACACCACAAGUUGUGCCGUUUACUUCCUCGCGAGUUCUUUUAACGUCACGCAACAUUGAACAGGUGUCACACUCUUAUUAUUUUCAGUUAACUAAGCAUAAAAUGGAAAAUCAUCGUGCCUACUGACUUGUUCUGUAUGAGUGUUAUCCCACAGCUGUGCUGGUUCUUAAAAUACCAAAAUUUAAAGAAUUAUAUAUAAAUAGAAAUAAAGGAAAUACAUAUAUA